GAUGCUCUCAGAAGGUGAGCUGAAGGACUUUGCCCAGGGCCAGUCRCUGUACCGUGUUCUCCAGCCCUGGUGGGACGUCUUCAGUCACUACCUCUCCAUCAUGAUGUUCUCAAUCGGAACCCUCGGAGGAACCCUGCAGGUCACCCUCCGCAAGAUCGUCUGCGUCCCCUGUCAGAUGACAUCAGAAGACUUCUGUGUGGUUUUUAACCAUAGAGGCACCACAUUAAGGAAUGCCACAACUGAAGCCAGCUUCCCUCUCCUCCCCAAGGGCCUUUACAAGCUAGAUCUUCAGCAGUAUGCUUACGUUGACGCCGUGUGCUACGAAAAACAACUCCACUGGUUCGCCAAGUUCUUCCCCUACGUCGUGAUGCUAGAGACUCUGGCUCUUGUGAUUAUAAGCAACUUGUGGUUCAAGUACCCUAGCACCAGCUCCAGACUCAUGCACUUUGUCUCCAUUCUACACAAAUGCUGUGAUUCUCCCUGGACCACACGGGCCUUGUCAGAGACAGUGGCAGAGCAGGGUGGGGCCCAGCCCUCAAUGAGCAUGUGUUGUCCUGCUCCACAGGCCUCUUCAACAUCAGACUAUAGCAGCAGAAGGCCGAUGGGGACAGAGUUCCUUAGUGUUUUAGACAAAAAGGAAGGUGAGCAGGCCAAAGCUAUCUUUGAGAAGGUGAAGAAAUUGAAAGUACACGUGGAGGACAAAGACAUAAUUUAUCACUUGUAUAUGAGGCAGAUAGUCACCAAGAUUGUGUUUCUGCUGUUCACCUUGGCCUAUAUCCCUUACGCAGCCUCACAUAUUCUGUUUGACGUUGACUGUGUGGUAGAUUCCCAAGCGCUGAUGCCGUUUCAGCCCUUUCACUGUGUUCACUCACUGGCCACCAUUUUCUGGCUCCUCUCCUUGGUUUACACAGUACUGAUGGUCAUUUACAGCUUGACUUGCUUCUACAGCUUCUGGUGGAUGCUGAGAAACUCUCUCAGGGAGUACUCCUUUGACUCAGUGAGGGAGGAGAGCAGCUURAGCGACAUCCCCGAUGUCAAGAAUGACUUUGCCUUCAUCCUCCACCUCUUGGACCAGUAUAACCCUCUGUUCUCUAAACGCUUUGCWGUCUUCCUCUCAGAGGUCAGUGAGAAGAAACUGAGGCAGCUCAACCUGAACUACAUGUGGCCUUUGGAGAAGCUGACCCAGAAGGUGAUGCGUAACGCUCAGGACCAGAUAGAGCUCCAUCUCAUGCUCCUCAGCGGCAUCCCAGAGGCCGUGUUCGAUAUCAGGGAGCUGGAGGUGCUCAAGCUGCAGCUGAUACCGGAUCCUAGGCUCACACAGAAGCUUACGCAGCUUGGAAACAUGCGAGAGAUCUGGCUGGAUCAUUCUCCUGCCACCGUAGACCUCAUGGCUCUGGGGUUUCUCUCUGAGAACCUGAGGAUCCUGAGGAUGAAGUUCACAGAGGUGGAACAGGCUCCCUGGUGGGUUUUCAGUUUGCGUAACCUGACUGAGCUCUAUCUGUAUGGAAAUAUGUUCAAUCAGGACAACACGACGUUCGUCAACAGCCUACCCAAGCUCAAGAAUCUGAAGGUGUUAUUCAUCAAGUGCACCAUCACCGCGAUGCCGAAAGUGAUUACCAACUCAAUACCCUCGAUACAGAAGCUGUCCGUCGACAACGAAGGCACCCAACUCUCUGUCCUGCAGAGUCUGAAAAUGAUGUCACAGCUCACCUGCUUGGAGCUACUGAACUGUGAUCUCCAGCGGAUACCGAGUCAUAUCUUCAGCCUGAAGAACCUGCAAGAAAUAGACCUCAAAGGGAACAACCUCAAAACCAUUGAGGAGAUCAUCAGUUUCCAGCACCUUCCCAAGCUCUCUAUCCUGAAGCUGAAGUACAACAGUAUCAUUUACAUCCCAGUCCACGUUGGAGUGCUGGGCAACCUGGAGCAGCUUCACCUGGCUCAUAACCUCAUCAGCUGCAUGCCAGCACAGCUGUUCCUGUGCAGCAGACUCUAUCUGCUAGACCUCAGUCACAACAAGCUGUCUGCCAUUCCCAUUGAAAUACAGGAACUGAAGAGACUGCAGCUCCUCAAUGUGUCUAACAAUAAUAUUGACCAUCUCCCAGAAGGCAUGUUCCAGUGUAAGACCCUCCAGUCCCUACUGCUAGGUCACAACAACCUGUCAGUGGUCCCCCACCAGGUGAGUGAGCUGACCAACCUGGUGGUGUUGGACCUGAGGGGGAACCAGCUGGAGAGCCUUCCUGCCGAGCUGGAGGAGUGCCACAGCCUGAUGCCUAGUGGACUGCUGGUAGAGGAGGGGCUGCUCAACUCUCUGUCCCCCACUGCCAAGGAGGGCUUCCAGAGGCCUGAUAAGGAGUACCUUGGGAAAAUGGAGGCUGAAGGAGUGGGGAAUGCUCUCAUCUGUAACCCCAUUAUCUGUAAUACAGCAGGGCAUGGAGAUACGGCCUGCAGCGUGAUAUACUCCAUGUGAMGGGGCUACCCCAAAUGAACAUCCAACUCAGUGGCUUUAAACCUGGGGUAUUAGUAGGCCUACGUGGUUUACCUGGCCUAGCCACAGGGGAUACUUAUUUAACAUUUAUUUUAUCUGGGAGUCAUACUGAGACUAAGGUCUCUUUUACAGAUGAGCCCUGAAUUACAAAAAUUACAGAAAAUACACAUAUUAAAAUACAAAGUGCAAUCAGAAAGAAAAACUGUCAAAAAACAAACACAURCAURAGUAGUAAGGUCCUCAAUCAGAUUUCUGAAUUACCUUAGAAGCACCAAAACAUCACAUUUCAGAACAUUUUGAAGAUUGUUCAACAAAUAAGGUGCAAGAAAACUGAAAGCUGAUUUAACUAACUCAGUAGAAACCAAAGGAAUUUCCAGAGUUAAUCAUCCCUGAGACCGGGGGUGGUAGCUCAUAAGUCUAAAGGUUAGUAAUGAUGUUAGGUACAGUGAUUGUUUUUGUAAAAGGGCUUUAUAAACGAAAACAUAGCAAUGUAUCAAUCUUCUUGACAUCAAAGCGGGCCAACCAACUUCCUGGUAGAGAAUGCAGUGAUMAGUACGAAAACUGUCUAUWCGUUUGAAGGCUCAUAAGAGCAAAGGACUAAUCGCCUAGGUUAAGUACUAGUAAACGGGAAAAUAUACUUUUAUAAUAGUAAUGUAAUAUGACUAUUCCAAAUGAACACUCCAUGUUCCAAUCCACUCUGUUACUGCCAAGUACAAUAUACAGUCAUUGUUUACAGUGGACCACUGACGAGUUCUGUUUGAUAAAAAAAAUACUUACAUUUUAUACUGAGCUCCUGUUGGGCAUUUCAUAACACGACCAUUUGUUUUUAUAAUGAUGAUUGCCGUGGUUUAGCCUGUGUGGUCAGACUAGUCACAUAACUGUGGUCACUUAGUGUUACUCGUGCCACAUACAAAUAAAAGUGUGAUUUUGUGAACUUAA